GGCUGGGGGCGCUGCCGGUUCAGUCCCAGGCCGGGAGCCGGGACUCCAGUCGUGUCCCCCCCCCAUCCCGGCUCCGCCCCCAUCCCGGGCCGGUCACAUGGAGGCGGCGGCGCCUGGAGCAGCCCGGCGGCGUGUGCGGGACAAAGGGCGGCUGAGCCCGGAUCCUCUGGCGGGACCCAGCGGCCCGGGGGAGAGACCCGCGUCCCGGGCACGGAGCGCCCCGGAUCCUGCGCCCCGGGGGGGACCGUGCGCCCCGAUCCUACAUCCCCGGGGGGACCGUGCGCCCCGGAUCCUGCGCCCCAGGGGGGACUGUGCGCCCCGGAUCCUGCGCCCCGGAGGGGACUGUGCGCCCCGGAUCCUGCGCCCCGGGAGGGACCGUGCGCCCCGGAUCCUACAUCCCCGGGGGGACCGUGCGCCCCGGAUCCUGCGCCCCGGAGGGGACUGUGCGCCCCUGAAGGCGACCGAAGGUGGGUGGCGCCGCAGAGCCGGGUCUGCAGCCGCAGCCCGAGCCCCGGGGGACAAGGGGGGCGGCGGGGACGCGUCCGCAAUGCGCUGCUGGGGGCUGUUUCCUGCCCAGCCCCCCGGGCCCAGCAUCCAGCCCAGGCCCCCAGCUCUGCUCAGCAGAUGCCCGGCUGCCCCCCAGCCCGCCCGAUUGCUCCCGUGGGUCCCUGCGGGCUGAGGGGUUCUGGGGCUCCCCUCCAGAGCUGGGAUCUCCCCGGGCUGCGGAGGGCAGGGAGGGGGGCAGCAGCGGGCUCUCUCUGGCCGUCAGUGCUGGCCCUGUCAUUAGGGGUCCCCCGGCCUUCUCUGCGUUUCCUCUGGGGGAGCACCCAGGCAUGCCGGCUCCUAACGGGAUGGGGCUCGUCCGAGCCAGCCCCACAGCGUCAGUGGGGGGCCAGCAACUGGGGUCGCCAGAGCCGGUGAACGAGGAAGUGAGAGACAUGAAAUGAGUCGGGAUCUCAGUGUUCAGGGAAUGGGGAAGGAGCGUUGUCUGCGGGCAGGUACCUCGGCACGAAGUGGGGCUGGGAGCCAGGACUCCUGGGUUCU